GAAAUAUUUUCAAAAUAAUGAAUGAUGUUCUUAUAAUAGAUGAGAGAUUAAAACAAUUGUAGGAAGAGGUCAAGAUGAUGGAGUAGCAAUAUGGAUUUAGCGAGGAGUUUUAGUUGAAGGAGGUUGGAAAUAGAUUGAAGAAGGAGGAUAAUUCAAAACAAUAAACAAAGAAACAACCCAAUAGAUACUAGAAUCUACCUCAUUUUGUUUAGUAGAAGGAGAUCAAGCAACAAAAAAUGAAAGCAUAAUUGUCGAAUAAAUGGGUUGAAAUAUUUUAAGAGAAGCCAUCAAUCAUGCAAUUUUAUGAUGUCGAUAGAUUUCUUCCUACUCUUCAAAGUCCAUAUGAUAUACAAAUUAAACCCACUGUGCCAAAUGACGAGGAUAUUUACGAAACCUAUAUUGAUAAUUUAAAAUAUGAUUGAU